UAUAUACACACACCUCUUUAUAUAUACAGCAAUGACGGUUUACUUUCAUAUGAAAACUACACCCAACUUGUUUGUUGUACUUUUAGCCAUCUCAAGCAUUAGGGUUCUCGGAUGCACGCGAGUUGGGUUCUACGAAAAAACAUGCCCACGGGCAGAAAUAAUCGUGCAGGAUGUGGUCAAGUCUGCUGUCAAAGCAAACUACACAUAUGCACCUGGUUUACUAAGAAUGUUCUUUCACGAUUGCUUUGUUAGAGGAUGUGAUGCAUCUAUCUUACUUAACGGUCCUUCUACUGAGCAAACCGCAACACCAAAUUCCCACUUGAGAGGCUUUGAAGUUAUUAAUAGAGCAAAAACCAUGCUCGAAAAUGAAUGUCCUGGGGUGGUUUCUUGUGCUGACAUUCUUGCCCUUGCAGCUCGUGAUGCUGUGAUUCAAACUGGGGGAACUUUUUGGGAAGUUCCGACAGGUCGCAGAGACGGGCUAGUUUCACUGAAAUCAGAAGCUGAAGAUUUGCCUAGUUCUAGGACCCCCGCCGAAGACCAGAUCAAGAUAUUUGCCAAAAAAGGUCUUAACACUGAAGAUCUUGUUACCCUUGCUGGAGGCCACACGAUUGGGACGGCAGCUUGUGCAAGAUUCACUGACAGGCUAUACAACUACAAAAAUAACCAUGGACCCGAUCCGGAUAUUGACCAAGUAUUGCUAUUACAUCUUCAAACCCUGUGCCCACACAAUGGUGAUCAUGGAACACGCGUGGCUUUAGAUACAGGCAGCGUAAACAGUUUCGAUAAUUCAUACUAUGAAAACGUGAGGGCUGGACGAGGAGUACUUGAAUCCGAUUCAGAGCUAUGGACGGAUCCAAGAACACAAAGGUUUGUUCAACAAUUUUUAGGAGAUAAGAAAAACCAUGAAUUGAAAUUUACCAAGAAGUUUGGGAGAGCAAUGGUGAAGUUGGGUAAUGUUGAAGUGAAGACUGGGAAUGAAGGAGAAAUUCGUAGGGUAUGUAACAAGAUUAAUUAAAUUGAUCAAGUAUAUAUAU